GAACGGGAACAAACCCAUACGCCCUCACCGUCCUCCUCAAGCUGCGGAGAACCUACCACAGAGCUCAGAGAGACACCCAGACCGAGAAGAAGACACGGAUUCCGGUUCGGAGACUCUGAAGGACGACGUGUGAGGACAGGAUGACAACCUGAGACGGACGGAGAGAAGGUUCAGCAUUAAAAUCCUUGUGGAUUUAUCUGAGGGAACGUCAAAGAUCUUCAUCAUCCUCGUUCCACACUGUCUCUCCUGAUGACUCCAGAAAACGCUACGACUCCCUCCAGCACCGACGGGCCUCAGAACGUCUCGUUCGUCAUCGGCGCGCUGGUCCUCGCCGUGGUGUUCCUCCUGGGCGUCCCCGGUAACCUCUUCGUCAUCUGGAGCAUCCUGGCACGCGCCCGCAAACGCUCGGUCACCACGCUGAUCAUCCUGAACCUGGCGAUGGCCGACGGCGCCAUCAUGUGCCUCACCGUGUUCUUCGUGGUUUACCUGGCGAAGCAGUCGUGGGUGUUCGGGCGUGUCAUGUGCAAGCUGCUGUUCUACCUGUGCAACACCAACAUGUACGCCUCCAUCAUGCUCAUCACGCUCAUGAGCCUGCACAGGCUGGUGGCCGUGCUGUGGCCGCACCGCGUGCACCGCUUCACGCGGAGGAAGGUCGUACUGAGCGCGCUCGCGGCGGUGUGGGGACUCGUGUUCGCGCUCGCCAUCCCGGCUCUGAUGUUCCGGGACGAGAAAGAGAAAAGUGAGACGCAGCGGCUGUGCUCUCACAAUCACACCGAGCCCAAAUACGUACUGUUCCACUUUAGCACCGAGACCGUGGUGGGCUUCCUGUUGCCGUACGGGAUGAUCGUGGGCAGUUACGUCUGCAUCCUCCACCGUCUCAGACAGACCAGGUUUAAGAGGAAAGUACGCAGUGAGAACCUCAUCCUCGCCAUCAUCGUCACCUUCGGCAUUUUCUGGCUGCCCUAUCACGUCAACAACAUCCUCCAGGUGGUGGCUGCGUGUGCUCCUCGGAAGUCCUCGCUCAAAGAAACUUUGGAGAACGUCUCACGCUCCAGCCGAGCUGCCACGUCCUCUCUGGCCUUCAUCAGCAGCUGCGCUAACCCCGUCCUGUACACGCUGGCGGGCCGCUCGUACAUCCGCGCCGACGGCCUGUCCUUCAUGGCGCGGCUCUUCGAGGGCACGGCGCUCGAGAUCAACAGCAGGACGCUUCGGAUGAACCGCAAACUGAGCAAAGCGGGACAAGCCGUGUUCGGGUUAAAGGCCGCCGACUCCAACGGAAGCGCGGCGGGACAGUGCUGAAGGACCCGAAAGAUGGACCCACACUGCAUGGGCUCAGUAAGGGCGACUUACAUGAUGUUUGGUCAUCUUAUGAGUUGAUGCCCAGCAGCUCAGAGCCAAAGUCAGGGCUGAUUUGUGUUGUUUGUGUCAGAAUGUCUGUUUUUAUAAGAAAAUAUAUUUUGCAUAAU